CAGUGCGAUGGCGGCCGUCCUUCAUGUUCGAAAUGUCGACGCGCCAGGGCUACCUGCGUAUAUGCGAGCGAUUCCGUUGUCGCCCAGAACGCACUAAAACGUAAUUUCAAAGAUCUACAGGACAAAUCCGGUACUCAGGUCGAGUUGAUCAACAUCCUGCGUACCAGAGACCAGCACGAUGCUCAUUCAGUCCUGCAACGGCUCAGGGCCGGAGAGAGCGUCGAUGCCUUGGUCAGAUUUAUCCAACAGGAACCGGACGCGAACCCAUUCACCAGCUCAAUACUAUAUCACAAGAUCUUCUACGACCAGAGCACCCCGGGCCCUCUAGCUCACGGUAAGAAUCCAAUCCAGGACAAGGACAGAAAGUAUGACUGGCCAUAUCAUGCGGCAGAGCUCGUGGAACCGUCUCUGGAAACGGUGCGCGCCUCUCAAUGGACCACCGUUACCGACUCGGAUGAUCUGGUUCGUACGCUUCUCAAAGCGUACCUGUACUUCGAUUUCCCGUUCAACUCGUUGUUCCAUAAAGACGCAUUUGUCGCCAGUCUAGUAACCGGACGAAAGACAUACUGUUCGUCCCUGCUCGUGAAUGCGGUCCUCGCAUGCGCUUGUCACUGUUAUCGUACCCCCACAAGUUCUACCGACUUUUGGUCUCCGAAAGAGCUGAUCUACCAAUUCAUGGCUGAAGCUCGACGACUCUGGGAUCGCGAGCAGUCACGAAACCACAUCACCACGAUACAAGCCGGCGCAAUUAUUGGAUACGUUCUCAAUUGCGAUGGCACAGACAGGAUCGGUGUUCGAUAUUUACAGCUAUCGAUCGAUAUGGCUCACGACAUGGGUAUAUUUUCGCACCAUGUCCGAUUGGAGGAUGAGCAGAGGCAAGCCGUCAUUGCGGCUACGGCUUGGGGCUUGUUUUGCAUGCAAGCCAGACAGAUGUUCCACAACCGCCAACCCCCCAUGAUUUUAGAGCCUCCUCGAGUCCCAAUGAAGGACAAACUGCAGCGACCUUACUUCUGUGAGUUAUGGGUGUUAUACCCUCAAGCACCGUGUCCGACCCGGGUCCAGCACAGUCUAGUCUUUAUAGCCAUGUGCGAAUUUUUCGUUAUUCUCAACAGCAUCGUCGCUCGGUGUUAUGGCGAGGGGAGACAUUUGGGACCCAUCACAUUUUCAGAGGCCUUGGGCUUUCGAGAGGAACUGCUCAAGUGGCAAAUUACUUUGCCUGAAGAGUUGCAGCCGGAUCGAGUUGUCUUCCCCGCACAUCUGAAGAUAUACAUGCAACUUUUUGUUUUGUUGAUCUUUCUCUUUGUCAGAUUCAAUGGCGUCGAGCACCCAGUCACGCAAAGUCACCCCAUCAGGCGAAAUUUCAUCUCUGCACAAGCCGUUGCGGCUUCUGCGAAGAACUCCCUUGAGUCACUCGUGCAUCUUUACUACGCUCGACAUAGCUUCGAAAGUUGCGACACGAUUAUGUUGGCGUAUCUUGAUCUCGUUGGUUUCGAUGCCCUCAGAGAACUCGGGACAACUAGUGGUCCGGAACGAACCUCCAAACUGUCUACCGUCGUCCUUUGUGCCAAAGGCUUACGGGACCAGGCGCGACAUUUCUAUAUAGCGGAAGUAGUAUUUUCCAUCCUCCGUGACUCGAUGUCGCCAGACGAUGCGCGCCAACUGAAACAAUUUGCAAGUAUCGACAAUGAGGAAAAAAGAAAACGGCUCAUGGCGGAGCACGUGUUCUCUCAUUACCUAUUGAACGCUGGUCUAGAUGAUGCCACACAACAAAAGAGACUUGAUGAGCUAGUGAAGAGUUAUGAAGUCCUGGAUCUGGACGAUCACGAUAUGAACGGCAUUGAUGGGACCAAUGGAAAUCAUCUUAUAGAUAGCCCGGACGAGAUAGGUACCCCGAGAAAUAGUCGCAGUCCUAGUUCGGACUAUCGAAUAAUACCAUAA